UUAAAAGUGACAACAACAACACUACCUAUACAAAAUUUAUUUAUCUACAUAUGGUGGCUACAAAAAUUUUAAAAUGUGGGUCAGAUGGAUAUUUAGUAUUUGUUUUUUAAAUGCAUGUUUAUGCAAUCCAGAAGUUAAGACAAGUUUGGGAAAAAUUUUAGGACAUGUAAAAACAUCUUUUAAUGGUAGAAAAUUCGCCGCUUUUGAGGGAAUACCAUAUGCAAAACCCCCAGUAGGUGAUUUAAGAUUUGAGGAAGCACAGCCAGUUGAACCAUGGAAAGGAGUAUUGAAUGCCAAUGUCACAUAUACUUGUAUGCAAAGAAUGGGGUCUAUAAUUGGCCAGGAGGACUGUUUGUAUGCUUAUGUAUACGUACCACUUAAAAAGUUGGAUCCCUCCAAUAAAUUGAAUGUAAUUGUCCAUAUACAUGGAGGCGCAUUUAUGUUAGGUAGCCCUAAUAGUUUCAUAGACCCUGAUAUGCUGAUGGAUCAUGAUGUUAUAUUUGUCUUAUUUAAUUACAGAUUAGGGCCUUUAGGAUUCUUAAGUAGUGGUGAUGAUGCAUUACCUGAAAAUGUUGGCAUGAAGGACCAAGUAUUGGCCUUAAAAUGGAUAGGAGAGCACAUACAAAACUUUGGGGGCAACUCUGAUAAAAUUACCCUCACAGGAUUGUCAGCUGGUGGGGCUAGUGUACAUUUACACUAUUUCUCGCCUUUAUCUAGACACCUAUUUCAUAGGGGCGUUUCAGAGAGUGGGGUUGCCUAUAACCCUUGGGUUUUACAGAAUAACCCAAGGGAAAAAUUUAAAAAAUUAGCUGAUUUGGUUGGAUGUGAUAACCAUGAUUCAAAGUUAAUUGUAAAUUGCUUGAAAUGCAAACCUGUAGAGUCGUUUUAUUCUGUUUUAUCAAAUUUCUAUGAAAAAGAUACGUUUCCGUUUUCGCCGUUUGCUCCUGUUGUUGAAACUGGUUCAAGGCCAAAUAAGUUCUUAACGAAGCACCCUAUUCAAAGUUACAUUGACAAAGAUGUUCUUGAUGUACCUUGGCUAUUGAGCACUACUUCGGAAGAAGGGAUUUAUCCUGGUUUUCAUCUCCUGGAUUAUUUGGACGAUUUAGAUGAAUUAUGGCCAAAAUUAGCCCCAUAUGUCCUUGAUUAUAACUACACAAUGCCAAAAUCAGAAUGGGAAAUAUCUGCUAAUAAAAUUAAAGAACAUUAUAUUGGCAAAGGGAAACAAAUUUCGAAAGACAAUUUCCAAACAUUUUUAAGAGCGUUAAGUGAUAGACACUUUGUAAAUGAUGCUCAAGAUGCCGCAGUACGACAAGCUAAAGUUAACAAAUUCCCAGUGUAUUAUUUCGUUUUUAAUCAUAAAACUGACGCAUUGAUCGACUUCUUUAAAAUAAAAGGCUGUGCUCAUGGAACAAGUACCAAAUUUUUCCAUGGAUCUAGAAGAGAUAAAUACUCUGAAAAAGAUUUAAAACUUAUCCCUAUAAUGGUGGAUAUGAUGGUUGAAUUUGCAAAUACUGGUAAUCCCAAAAUAAAAGGUAUUUCAAAUUGGGAAAAAGUACAUGGCGACGUUAUUACCUAUAUAAAUAUUACCGAAUAUGACGAUAUAAAACAAGAAACAAGUAAUGAAUUGAGCGAAAAAGAAUUUUGGAAUGGGUUAAACAUUAUGGAAAAUGAAAAAUUAAUUGGCAUUAAAGACGAAUUAUAAUAAAAAUUGUUUUUGUCAAUCAUUUUAUUUAUUUUACCAAUCAAUACUAAUAAAAAUUGUUUUUGUCAAUCAUUUUAUUUAUUUUACUAAUACUAAUAAA